CUCAGAUCUACUUCUAAAAUCCACACUAUUUGGCGCAAACUUCAAACCCUUGUGCCGUGAAGCCCAAGUGGCGUCUCACUUGACAACUUCGCUCAUGGCCAUGUCACGUGCCUCGAAUGCAUAUGCAACUUUACUCUGCCUGGUCAGUGCAGCCUUCAUCUGCCGAGCGGAUAGCAGCAGUUCUGUGGUGCCACAGACGAAGAACUACAUCGACACAAUCCCGGGGUAUGACGAGCUAUCCGCAUGUGCCAGCCGCGUCCUGAGCACCAUUGUCAGGGACGAGAACAGCGGCUGCCAAGACACGUACGCCCUGACGAGUUACACAUGUUUCUGCACCGACAGCAGCUCGUACUUUAGCAACGUGAUCUCAAGAGAUGUCGUGGCCGGUUGCGACUCGUCUUUUGCGGCGCCCCAGGCUACGAGCGCCCUGAGUAUCUUUGAUUCUUAUUGUGCGCUAGGCGUGCCAGUUGGACUGGUGCCGACUCAACCAUCUCCUAGUGAUCCCAAUGCUAGCUCGGCAUCGCCAGGUGCGAGUGCUCCAACCACCACGUCAACCCAGACGUCGGCUUCUGCGACAAUCCAGCCUUCAGCGACAAUCCCGCCGUCCCAGAAUCGAUCUGUUGAUAUCGGAACAGCCAUUGGGGCCGCAGUUGGCGUGGCCGCUGGUCUCAUAGGGCUUGCCAUCGUGGUAUGGUGCGCAUGGAGGAGGAGAUACCGCAAGGCCAAGGCCGCACGAGCACAACUAUCACAAUCACAACGAAUGACGGGCGCAGGAUAUGGCUACCACCAGAGUGGUAUCAAAUCGGGCAAUGCUACCGAAAUGCCCACAUACGAACAUCAUGUGCGGGAGAUGCAGGUUCAUGAGCCGCCUCACGCUUCUCAGCAGCAGGCACAGGAAGCUCUAUCAUAUCGACCACACGAGCUGUCCGGAUGAUGUCCAUAGAAGUAACUAGUCUCUCUAGUUGUACACCUAUUAUGUAUAUAUCUAAAGAUAUAUAUAGUAAUUUUAAAUAGUAAGUAAUAUUUUAAAGAGA